CUCUCUCUCUCUCUUUCUCAGAGCAAAGAGAAACACAAACACGAAGAAGAGAAGUCUAGAGCAUAUGGAGCUGGUUGUCUCUUCAAUUGCAGGCGACCUGGUUAGUCGAUUCAUAUCCUUCAUCAUCAAGAAGUACAACAGUCAGGUAAAUCUUAAAGAAAAGAUGGGAAGGCUGCAACAACUUCUUCUCAGGGUUCACAUGGUCGUCGAAGAGGCUGAGGGUCGACACCUUACCAACUCCAAGAUGCUGCUCGAGCUCAAGAAGCUUUCUGAGGCCAUGUACCAAGGCUACCAUGUCCUGGACACCGCCAGUUUCGGACCCUUCGCAUCUCAAGGGUUGAGGAGGUUAGCAGGGGGAUGUGAACGCAUGUUUCGAAGCCCUUAUGACACAUACCUCUAUAUUGACAAUUUCAUGUUUGGCCGUCACAUAGAGAAACAGCAAGUUAUCAAUAUAUUACUGCAAAAUAAUCCUACUCCUUCUGCUCCGACUGUGUUGCCGAUUAUCGGGGCUGGCAUAGUCGGUAAGAAAACUCUAGUCGCACAUGUUUGCAACAACCAAAAAGUCAUGUCAUACUUCUCUUCAAUCCUGCAUUUGAAUUGAGAGAGCUUUUGUAAAACUGAGCACCAAGCAUUCAUCCAGGAAGGCCGUACUUUGGUUGUGGUUGAAUUCACUUCAGAUGUGGACAAUGAGACCUGGCGAAAGUUUUACUCAUCAACAGCAGCACAUAUGAGCAGAGGAAGUAAGAUCAUAAUCAUAUCUAAGGUUCAGAAGUUAGCCAGGUUCGGAA